GGACGGAGGAAGAGGACAAGAGGAGGAGAGGAGGGUGCUGGUGGAGGGACAUUCAGUCAUUGUUACCAACUCGAGGAGCGGCGAAGACCCCGCUUACUCCCCGAAUUUUGCGGACAGCUUUCAGGCAGAGCAUCGUUUCCACAGGGGGUCGUCGCUCAUAUUUCCUCCAGCAUCAUUGCCGUCUGUGAAGGCAGGAGACGGAGGAGUGUUUUCAGCAUCUUAAAGGACCACAGCAUCACUUAGGUGAUGGAGGCCCUGUGACUCAGUGUAGUCAUGGUGAUGGAUGCAGCCAACUUGGCCCUGUUGGAUUACGCUGCCCAGCCCAUGGUGUUUCUCUGUGAUCUAACGAGGAGGAAAGGGCAAACAGAUAGUCCUUAAGUCUGGUAAUUUUUCCCACUUCCUGGUUAAAAGACCACGAUGCUGACAGGGCUCGAGCCCUCUCCAUGAGCCGUCAUCUCCUGGGUCUUGCUUCUUUUUUCCUGUACGGAUCAUGGAUCUCCUGUGGGUGCUUUCCGUGUCCAUGCUGACCGUGUGUGUUGCCGUCCCCAUGGAUGCUGUGGCCGGGAGCCACAGUCUGUUCACCUGUGAGCCCAUCAUCCUGCGCAUGUGUCAGGGGCUGCCCUACAACUCCACCUUCAUGCCCAACGUCCUGAACCACUACGACCAGCAAACUGCUGCUCUCGCCAUGGAGCCUUUCCAUCCCAUGGUGAACCUGCAGUGCUCCCCGGAGCUCAGGAUGUUCCUGUGUGCGCUCUACGCCCCGGUUUGCACCGAGUACGGCCGGGUCACGCUGCCGUGUCGCCGCCUCUGUCUGCAGGCCAAGAGCGACUGCUACAAGCUGAUGGACAUGUUUGGUGUCAGCUGGCCAGAGGAGAUGGACUGCAACAGGUUCCCAGACUGCGACGAGCCCUACCCCCGCCCCGUGGACCUCCUGUCCGGCUCGGACACGACCGAGUCUCCCAUCUCCGUCCAGAGGGACUACGGCUUCUGGUGUCCUCGUGAGCUCAAGAUCAGCCCCGAGCUCGGUUACUCCUUCAUGGGGGUGCGAGACUGCUCUCCUCCGUGUCCCAACAUGUACUUCACACGUGAAGAGCUGACGUUCGCCCGCUACUUCAUCGGAGUCGUGUCCAUCGUCUGCCUCUCUGCCACGCUCUUCACCUUCCUGACGUUCCUCAUCGACGUGUCGCGAUUCCGCUACCCGGAGCGCCCGAUUAUAUUUUACGCCGUGUGCUACAUGAUGGUGUCCCUGGUGUUCUUCCUGGGCUUCCUGUUGGAGGACAAAGUUUCCUGUAAUGCAGCUAGUCCUGGGAGGUUCAGGGCUUCGACCGUGACUCAGGGCUCCCAUAAUAAGGCCUGCACUCUUCUCUUCAUGGUGCUCUACUUCUUCACCGUGGCUGGCAGCGUGUGGUGGGUCAUUUUAACCAUUACCUGGUUCCUAGCUGCUGUUCCUAAGUGGGGCAGUGAGGCUAUAGAGAAGAAGGCCCUCCUGUUCCACGCCUGCGCCUGGGGCAUCCCCGGCGUCCUCACGGUGACUCUGCUCGCCAUGAACAAGAUCGAGGGAGACGGCAUCAGUGGCGUUUGCUUCGUCGGGCUCUACAACUUAACAGCCCUGCGCUGGUUCCUGCUGGCCCCGCUGGGACUGGAUGUAGUGGUGGGCGUGGUCCUGCUGCUGGCAGGUAUUGCUGCUCUUAACAGAGUCCGCAUGGAGAUCCCGCUGGAGAAGGAAAACCAGGAAAAGCUGGUGAAGUUCAUGAUUCGUAUCGGCGUGUUCUCCGUGCUCUACCUGGUUCCACUGCUGACCGUUCUGGCCUGCUACCUUUAUGAGAGCAGCUACAGGGCCGUCUGGGAGACCACCUGGGUCCAGGAGAAAUGCAGAGACUACCACAUCCCGUGUCCCUACCAGGUGGAGCAGACCAGUCACCCCGACCUGGUGUUGUUCCUCAUAAAGUACCUGAUGAUGCUGAUUGUAGGAAUCCCCUCUGUGUUCUGGGUGGGCAGUAAGAAGACCUGCUUCGAGUGGGCCAGUUUCUUCCACGGCAAGAGACGUAAAGAAGCAUUAACCCCCUCUCCCAUUGCCUGCUCCACACAUUCCUCAAUCCUCUUCUACCACACCCACCGCCCCUCCACCUUCCCCCUCUCCCUCCCUUCUACCCUGCAUCUUUCCCUGCCACCCCUCCCCUCCUCCUCUUCCUCCACCUGCUGCAGCGGGAUGGUCAACGAUAGCCGACAAGUGCUCCAGGAGCCCGACUUCACCCAGCUGCUCCUCAGGGAUCCCAACACCCCCAUUGUGAGGAAGUCACGGGGCACAUCCACGCAAGGGACCUCCACCCACGCCUCUUCCACCCACCUGGCCAUGCUGGACGAGCCGCCGAGCGCCAGCACCAGCCGAGCCGGCUCCGUGCGCAGCGCCCGCUCCAAGAUGAGCAGCUACCACGGCAGCCUGCACCGCUCGCGAGACGGCAGAUACACGGCCUCCAGUUUCAGGGCCGCAGACGAGCGGCUGCCAUAUGGGAGCCUGCCUCGUCUAAACCACCAAUCACAGUCCAGGCACUGCAGCACCAAUCACCUCGACAGCCUGUCGCGGCACGGCUCCACCCAGAGGCUCGAGAACCAGUCGCGCCACAGCAGCAUCAGGGACCUGAGCAGCGGGGCCACGGCGGUUCUCGGAGUGCCCAGAAACGGGAUCCACAGAGUCCUGGAGGAGGAUGGAGCGACUGCCUGAAGGGGUGGAGUCUGAGGAGGAGCAGAAUGUUGACGAGCAGCCACUGUGAUACGUUUGGGAGCUCAGAGCUGAAAUAACGAUGAAACAAAUGCUGCCUCAGCUUAGUGACAGAGUCUGAUUACAGAGGGGGGGCACGGGACAGAAAUCUUUGCCUUAAACAUCCUCACAGCUUUAUGACGUAGCAUCCCAGUGUGAAUCACCCUCAGACUGAUCUUAGCACAGUUUUUAAACUCCACCCAGUCAGGGAACGACUGAGCCAGACAACUACAUGUGACCGACCGCACGACGCGGCUUACUUUGUAUAAAAGGACUUCGAUAAUGGACACGAGACAUUUGGAGCUCCGUCCUCUAGUCUUUAGUGUUUGGGAGGUUUUUUGGGGUGGGGGUGGGGCUUAGAUUUCAAAGAGACUCAUUACCCUUGUUCCAUGUUUUCUUCUAUUUAUGAGGGGCAGCCAAUCAGGAGAAAACUGGCCUAAAUGGAGAAGAACUGAAACAACUGGUUUCAGUGAGAGGAUGAAAUGACUGAAUCACAAAGUUCUCAGAUCCAUCCACAGCUUUUAGAUCUCUGCUGAAUCUGAACCUGCUAUUCUGCACACGAAGGGAUUUUUAAGUCUGCUGAACUUUCUAGAAAGUUUUAAAAGCUGGAUUUUAGUGAGUGUUUUAUUGCACCUGUGCAAUAACGUAUGGAACGAUACAAGGAAAUCAUGUCAGUCUAUGCUUUGCUGUUUUAAACCCAAGGGCUGAAAUCCAGAAUAUAAAUGCUGAAUCCAAACUCCUGCCUUAUGACUGCGAAGAGAACAAACCCAACAGAGGUGAUGAAGCACAGAUUUAAUGACAUGUGCAAAAAAGCUCAAGCAGAUCACCAGCGCCCUUCAUGGAGCUGUACGGACACAGCUGAACAAAGCUUACCUUCCCUUUCCGUCCGAACACGUUCGCUUUGAGCAGAUUUACUCCGUCCUGUUUGCAAAUGUGUCCUUAGAGCAACGUUUCCUCCAGAGGCAAAACAUGUUCAUAGAUGUAAAAAGUGAAUUCCUGUUGGUCAUUUGUAAUAAAGUUUCAAAAAAAUCAAAA